AUGAACAAACAUCGCGCAGCCUCUCAGGACGCAUGGGAUAUUUUCUUGCGAUCACGCUUCGAGAGUUGCGCCCGUGCCAGCUUCGAAGAUACCGCCGUGAAGCGCGCUCACUUGGCCGAUCUUGAGCUCGAGACGAUGCUGGAGCGCGUCGUGUUCGCUCGACAGCAGCGUAACAAAGUCAUGGGUGCUUGCCGCCUGCCGCCGGAGGUCUUGAGCAAUGUCUUUUCGCUUGUGCAGCUUGACAAAGGCUGUAGGCCGAAGGUUCGACGCGUCGAGGGCCCCGCUAUCGACGAGGAACCUCAGGAUCCCACGGCGGGCUAUUCUUCAGGGUGGAUGUGCCUGUUACAUGUGUGUAGCUAUUGGCGGCAGACGGCUCUUGGAACCCCUUCGCUCUGGUGUAAUGUCCCAUGCUUGGAUGUCCACCCCGACUCCAUACCGACGCUUCUGGCUCGCUCUAGGGGCCUACCACUAUCUCUUGUCCUAUAUGGAUCUAUCUUACCCGGAGAAGAGAACGGCAUGCAGGGCGACUAUCUGGAUAUGGAGCUUUCUGAGCACUGGUUCUCCAAACCUGUUCUCCGUCGCACAAGGCAGCUACUACUGGACGAUAUACCCGACGCCUAUCUGGACAAGUGGUUUGGUAACUUUCGCCACCCGAUGCCUCUUCUCGAGACAUUCAAAGCCACCUGUCUACGUCAAAGUGGAUACGAGGUCCCCCUACCAAUCGAGGUAUUCUUCAGCCAAACCCCACUGUUGCGGAGCGCGACAAUUACUGGCCUCGUCCUGCCGAACGACUGGAAAGAUGUGCAGUUUCCGACAAACAUCGAGCAUCUCGCUUUGGGCUUUGACAAUGACGAAUCGCAAGAAGACGUACAGGAACAGUCCGAACCCACGUCUCAGUCCUUCUACAAGUCCCUAUCGGUAAUGAAAGGCCUUAAGUCACUCAGUCUCGGCGACAUCUUUCCCGACUUGCCCAAUGAAGAAGAUCCGCCUAUACAGACGACGAUAUACCUUCCGGUUCUUACAGAUUUGCGCUUAGCCACCUCGACUGAUUUUCCUGAACGCUGCAUGGACGUCUAUCAACGGCUAUCAGUCCCGGAUCGCGCGCGCGUUACUCUCGAUAUCGCAACCGUCAACCCGGAGUACGACUACCAAGACCGUCUUCUCGAGCAUAUAAUCAAGCUCUUCGGACCCGCGGCGACUGCGACGCCAAUCUCAUUGUGCGCAAGCAGUACCGCUCUGAGCAUGGAGUACACAAGUUCCAUAUCAUUAGGCUCGCUUCUUCGGCAGGAGAUCCCUGAUGACCGCCGUCAUGACUGGGCAAACUGGAGGCUCGGGGAGGGCGCGAGGGCUCUUUGGACGCAACAUGGGACGCUUGCAUGCUCGAUCUUGCCGUUCUUCCGACUUCUGCCGCUGCGCACGUUACAGGCCAUCACAUUCAUCGAUUCUUUCGAGGACUCGGUGACGACGCCCCCUGAGUGGCUUAGCUCCUUUGUCGUCGCGCGGAACGUAGAGGGCAUUUCGAUCCAUUACUACGACGCUCUUACCAUAUUCGACGCUUUGAGCGAAGCGUCGUGGGGUACCAUGGGAUCUAUGCUCUUCCCUCGACUAUCCACCCUCGCGCUGCAUGCGUACUCUUACCAGAGGCAUUCAAAAGAGAAACUUGCGAACAUGCGGACGUCUUUGGACGUGUUACUCCUCGACUUGCUACACGUGAGGAAGGAGAAGGGUGUUCCCAUUGAGACGUUGUGGGUGUCUCGAGCAUUUGCGGGUUGGGACGUUUGGGGAAGAGCCGCGGAGCUUGCUCACGUGAGGUUUUUCUGA